GGUUCACACACAAAAAAGCAGCAGCAUGACAUUUGACAAAAAAACAAACAAACAGUAACUAUAGCUGCACCGGAAGUGUUCUGUGCUCGCGCCACGUCAGAGCUACCUCCAGUCAAAGAGCAGCUUGUGAGACUUUGUGCACUUUAGUUCGCUAUGUUCUCCCCGGCUCUUCUCUCUCUGCUGCCGCUGUUGCUGCUCCUGCAGCUGCAGCUGUUGCAUGUGUUUGCGGGUGAGCUGACGUUUGCGCUCCCUGACAACGAGAAGCUGUGUUUUUACGAAGACCUAGAGAAAGACGUGACGUUUGACUUAAUCUUUCAAGUCAUUGCAGGAGGCAGCUAUGAUGUGGACUGCUUUGUCACAGAUCCUCAGAACAAUGUCCUGUAUAAUGAGGAGAAGAAGAUGUAUGACCGCUUCACUCACACCACAACUAUGAAGGGAGUCUACCAGGUCUGCUUCAGCAAUGAAUUCUCCUCCUAUACCCAUAAAACUGUGUAUAUGGAUUUCCGCUACGGGGACGAGCAACCUCUCAUGCCGGGCAUGACGAGUCACACAGCACUGACACAGUUGGAGUCGUCUUGUGUCUCCAUUCAUGAGGUUCUGAAGGUGGUGGCUGACUCACAGACAUGGUACAGACUGAGAGAGGCGCACGACCGCCUGAACGCGGAGCUCCUCCACCAGCGAGUGACAUACUGGUCCAUGGGAGAAACCUUCCUGCUGUUUGUCAUCAGCAUCGGUCAAGUCGUGCUGCUAAGGAGCUUCUUCUCUGAGAAGAAAGGAGGCUCUGUAGCAACCACCACUGCAACGUUUGCUGACGUGUGUUUGUGUGCGAGAUCCAUUAGAGUCUACGUGUGGCAUCACCGGUUUACCGGGCACUGGUUCAUUCAUACUGCGUGCGUGGAACCAGCAAACAUGGCGGGCUACCUGAAGUCUCUGAGGACCGGGUGGAGAACAAGUGCAGCUGCCGCGCUGCCGCCUCUCACUCCCGCCGCUGUGCUGCCGACAUCAGCCGCUGUCUGCCACCGCAGGAGCUAUGCAACGACACGCGUCAAGGUGGACCAGCCAGUGGUGGAGAUGGAUGGAGAUGAAAUGACUCGCAUCAUAUGGGAGUUCAUCAAAGAGAAGCUCAUUCUGCCCAACGUGGAUGUUCAGCUGAAGUACUUUGACCUAGGUCUGCCCUACCGAGACCAGACUGAUGACCAGGUCACCAUAGACUCCGCUCUGGCAACUAAGAAGUACAACGUGGCUGUCAAGUGUGCCACUAUCACUCCAGAUGAGGCCAGAGUCGAGGAGUUUAAGCUAAAGAAGAUGUGGAAGAGUCCUAACGGAACCAUCAGGAACAUCCUGGGUGGCACAGUUUUCCGGGAGCCAAUCCUCUGUAAAAACAUUCCGCGGCUUGUUCCCGGUUGGACGUUGCCCAUGACAAUUGGUAGACAUGCUUUUGGAGAUCAGUACAGGGCCACAGACUUUGUUAUUGACCGGCCCGGGAAGUUCAAGAUUAUGUUUUUCCCAGCUGAUGGAAGCAAGCAGAGGGAGUGGGAGGUGUAUGACUUCCCCGCUGGGGGUUGCGGGCUGGGAAUGUUCAACACUGAUGAGUCCAUCAGUGGGUUUGCUCACAGCUGCUUCCAGUAUGCCAUCCAGAAGAAGUGGCCUCUGUACAUGAGCACCAAAAACACCAUACUGAAGGCCUACGACGGCCGCUUCAAGGACAUCUUCCAGGAAAUCUUUGAGGCGAAGUACAAGCCAGAGUUUGACAAGCUGAAGAUCUGGUACGAGCACCGUCUCAUCGAUGACAUGGUGGCUCAGGUCCUGAAAUCCUCUGGAGGAUUUGUUUGGGCCUGCAAGAAUUACGACGGAGAUGUGCAGUCUGACAUCCUGGCUCAGGGCUUUGGGUCUCUGGGUCUCAUGACGUCAGUCCUCAUGUGUCCCGACGGUAAGACUAUCGAGGCCGAGGCUGCCCACGGCACGGUCACCAGGCAUUACCGCGAGCACCAGAGGGGACGACCAACCAGUACCAACCCCAUAGCCAGUAUCUUUGCUUGGACCAGGGGACUGGAGCACAGGGGCAAACUGGAUGGAAAUGCUGAUCUGAUAAAUUUCUCCCAGACGUUGGAAAAAGUCUGCGUGGAAACUGUGGAAAGUGGUUUGAUGACCAAAGACCUUGCAGGCUGCAUCCAUGGGUUGAGCAACUGCAAGCUGGAUGAACAUUACAUCAACACGUCAGACUUCCUGGAUGCUAUUAAGACCAACCUGGACAAGGCUCUGAGCAAAUGAAGACACACUCAGUAAACAUGGCUGUAGUCAUUGUUCCUUUUUCUUAUUUUACUUCUGCCUUUACUGUUACUGACAACCAAUUUUCAGUUUGAAAAUGUAACAUAUUUGCUUUAAUAUUCAUAUUAAUUCAACGCAAUGGCCAUAUUUUACACUCAGAGGGCAAGAUUAAUCGAAACACUUACCAGGAAAGAUUAAUUUGUAGGUGUGGUUGCAUUCACUUUACACACACACACAACAAGUGGAACUAAGAUGCAUUGGAACAGAGGCAUAAUCAGUUUGAGCUAGACUGCAGUACACUAAAAUAUCUGGCUUAGAGUCUGUUGAAUCUUCAAUAGGAUUCAAAUGGGGAACUUUCCUGUAAGUAUCUGAAUAUAUUAUUUAACAAAUUGUAAAUAGAUCUGAUGUCCAGUCAUAUUUACUGAUCAAUUUAUUGAAGGCUUUUUAAUGAUCACCCUCUUGAGUGCCUCAGAUUUCUCAUGAUCCCUCCUAGCACUCCUAUCUUAUUAGAAGGUUGUGAGUUUGAUUCCUGGCUCUGCUCGUCUGCAUGUCGGUGUGUCCUUGGGCAAGGCAGUAAAUGGAUGUGAAUGAGUGAGCCAUAAAACUGUAGCGUCAUCAAGACUAGAAAAGUGCUUUAUAAAUACAGACCAUUUACAUUAGAAGAAUCAGGUAAGACAUUAACUUUAAAUUACUCUGCACUCAGGGAAUUACUGUCACAAUUCUUAAAUGGAACAAGUUUGGAUGAGCCAGGGUUUUUUUAUUGAAGCUGGCUGCUCAGGCAAAGUGACUAAUCAGGGGAGAAGGACCUUAGUAAGAUGUUACCAACAUCCAGAUGGUCACUCUGGCUGAGGUCCAGAGAUCAUGUCUGCAGAUGGGUGAAACUUCCAGAAGGACAAUCUUCAUCGCGGAACUCCACUGAUCUGAGCUUCAUGGAGGUACACCAGGCAGUGUCCUUUCACCUGCUCAGUAACAUCCCUGCAUGUGCAAUAGGGUGUCUUUCAGAGACGAGGGAAAUCUUAGUGCAACACGGCACAUACGCAUUCCUCGUGAAAAUCUGGUCAAGAGCUCAAAAGACCUCAAACUGGGGCUACGAGUGACCCAGCCACAACCCAGUCUUCAUUCCAGGCAAGAACAUGGCUGAACAAACAUCUCUAAUAACAAUAAAGGUGCUCAUAAUAAGUAUUGAGUAAAGGGGCCAAACCAAGAUAAUGCACAAAAUGAAUGAUUUGCAGGUAAAAUGCUAUGGGAUGUACUGUCCUGAUUUGAAUGGCUGAAUUAAAGAAUUGAAGGUCUUGAGCUCUCCAUGUAAAGUGCCUUAGGAUAAUGUAUGUUAUGAAUUGACGCUUUAUAAAUAAAAUUGAGUUGAAUG